CUCUCCCUUCUUUACAGAGGCACUCCUAAUAGCAAGCGCAAAACAAAAGCAAACAUGUCCUCGCAAGUAUUCGAUGGUCCCGCUCCAGAUACUCUGGAACCUACCACACUGGCCCACCUUCCUGCACCAACCACGGAGCCCGCACGACUUAUCCUCCUCGGGCUGGACUCACCCGAUGCAGAGCCCUUGCUAAAGUACACCUUUACUCAUCUUCUAAAACCAAAUGACACCCUCGUUAUUCUCCACACCAUCCCCCGCGCGUUCCCACCGGCCGCGAUGGAUUUCUAUACUGGAGUGGAUAUUACCGGCUACAUAGAACAAGUUAAACAAAAUGUAAUGGAUGGUAUGAAGACUCUUGUACAAGAUGUGCGACAAAAGUACGCCAAAGAUUUGGACGGCGUAAAAGUAGAAGCACGGCUCGUUUGGGGCGAUCCCAGGGAGGUCCUGGUGGGAGCUGCCGACAAGCUAGGAGCGAGCAUGGUUAUUGUUGGCAAUCGCGGACGAGGAGCUCUGAAGAACUUGGUUAUGGGUAGCGUAAGCAGUUAUGUCCUAAGCCAUUCCAAGGUUCCAGUCGUAGUUUAUCGCGAGCCUGUCAGUGAAGGGAGCAAAUCUAGCAAGUAGUUGUUUUGUGCUAGAUAUUCUUUUAAAUUUUGUAUCGCAAGUCAAUUAUCAUCAUCAGUUUUAACAGAGAAUAUUGUAAUACGUUUACUGAUCUUCGCCGUAUGUCAC